CUCUGAUGGGAUCUACAUUAGAAGGACUUUGGUAGGUACUCCUGAGGAGUUCCAAAAUGGCAUGAAAUCUCAUAUGACCAUUAAGAAAUAUAAGUUCAAGAAGUCUAAUUUCAGUAAGAUGGGAGCUAUCAAAUCUCAAAUUCUUGAGAAAUCAAGCGACACUUUUAGUGACGAGGAGGGAUCUCAAACAGCAAACCGAGGAUUGUUGACAUUCAAUGGAGAUGAAGAAGAAUUAAAGAGUAAUUUAUCCAGACUUAAUCCUCAUGCUUUAUCAAGCAUGAAUGAUGCUUCUUCGAAUCUAAUCAAGUCUGUGUCUAAGAAAUCUUCUUUGAAAGAUAAUAAGAGGCCUUUUACCAAACAAGACAUGAUGGCAUCCAUAAUCCGUUUCAAAGCUUGAAGGCAAGCUGAAAAGCAAUCCUUGAUGGAGACCAUUCAGGAGCCUAAGGGCAGGAAGACGUUGUUCUCUUCUCAAAGCCAAGGGAAUCUGCGGGAUUUAAGACUUACCAGUGAGGAUAAAAGUAAGACCAUUACUUUUGGCAAUCUUCUUGCUACUAGCAUGCAAGAGCGUAGAUUGCUUAGCCAUGAAAAAGCUGUUAAGAUUUGGGAUAAGAGAAACCAAAUUUACUCUAAAAAGUGUCACAGAGAAUCUAAGUCUCUUUCUCUGAUGGAAAGGAGUGAUCAGUAUGCUGUGAAAUUGCAGGAGCUAGACCAAUGCUCUAAGAUCUCAAAGCCGUGAGAGAACACUGAUGCUCAUUACCAAUGGAUAUGCAGUCUCAGGAGUCCAAAAGGGAAAGACAAGAAAAGGCAAAUAUUCAUUCCUUUGAGCAACAAGAAUCCAAUAAACAGCUGUGUAACUGCCCGAGUAAAUCCUUUUAAGAAGGAAGCUCCUGUUUUCCUCAAAAUUAGUGACAAGAAGACUUCAAGACAGGAGGCUUUGACCCAAAGAAAUGGGACUGCCAGGGUACAUAAACUCGAUAUCACCAGAACAAAGGGGUAUAUCAGAGAUCUUAAGGAAAAAAUAUCUCAAAAAUCUUUACGGACAUAUCGGAGGAAGAACCAGUUUGGGGAUGAUCCUCAGAGCUUAAAAUUCACCUCUCCAAAGGAUAAGGACCCCAUCUGCUUUGAUCGGAUCGAGAACCUCUCACACCUCUACAUCGACGGAGACUGUAAAUUCACUCUCGAGUAUGAUUACGCUAAGAAACGUGGAACAGAUGGGGCUCAGAUAGUUCUUGACCACAUCGUUGACCAGUCUGGAGUCGGCGAGCCCGACCAGUCACAAGAAAUAAUUGAAGAGGACUACCAAGCGUGUGUUUAGCCCACUUUCAACAUUAUAUGGCAAA